AUGACAAAUUCAAGGUACGAUGACGUCUGGAUCAAGUAUUUCGACUCAAAGGAAGACGUCGCACUAUCGAAUGGCGACACAUUUCGAAUGUAUCAUGCAGGUUCUCAAGGUCCACACGUGAUACUACUGCAUGGUGGAGGUUGUACCUCUAUGACGUGGUGUCUUGUGACGACGAUGCUGAAGGAGACGUGUACGGUCCAUGCUUUCGAUUUGCGAGGUCACGGCCAGACGAACACAAGUGCCGACGACGAUCUGUCUAUGGAUACACUGGUUCAAGAUACAUUGGUCAUGCUGGACCAUAUUGUUCCUCCUCCAAUGGUUACAAAGGUCGAUGGAGAUGCUGAGUCAGAGAUCCCACAGACCAUUCUCGUUGGUCAUAGUUUAGGGGGUGCACUUGGAGUUCGUGUUGCUGCAACGGGCAAAGUACCGUCCCUUGUGGGUGUCAUGGUGAUUGAUGUGGUGGAGGGCACAGCCAUGGCAUCGCUAAAGCACAUGGGCGCCAUCCUCGAAAGGCGUCCGUCUCAUUUCCACUCAUACGAAGAUGCCAUCCACUGGGCGCUGCAUAGCGGUACCGUUUAUAAUCCGGAAGCUGUCAAAAUAUCUUUGCCGUCCCAGCUGAAGCAGCUCGAAGAUGGCUCGGUGGUGUGGAAGACGGACCUGGCUAGCAGUGCGCAGUACUGGAAAGACUGGUUUGUUGGCCUCUCGAAGCAGUUUUUAUCGCUGAAGGAAGCAAAGGUGUUGGUGUUGGCAGGAUCUGAUCGCCUAGACACGGAGCUCAUGCGCGGCCAAAUGAUGGGCAAAUUCGAGAUGAGACUGAUGUAUUCAUCAGGUCAUGCGAUACAGGAAGAUUGUCCCCACGAGAUGGCGAACGCCAUUAUUGAAUUUUGCGGCCGCUGCGCACGUGUUAUAAGCGGAAACAUCUUUGGUCCCAACGGAGUACCCGUACAGCCUACCAAGGAUUCACGCUUGGCGGAACGGCUUGCGAAAGCGCGUGCAAUGAUACCGAAGGAGGGCGAUCAUUAG